GUUGCGAUGCGGACCACCCCUGUGAAGGAGCGCACUAUCCGCAACUCGGAGAUAUUCUUCGAUGCUGCUGACUCGAGACGGUUUGGAAAGGACGUCUUCUUCCAGAGUGCGCAUACCGCCAACGACUUAGGGCGGGAAUGGGUCCGCCGUGAGCUCGCGGCACAGGGGACGCGUGUCCAGGAUUUCCACUUCGAGAGCCACUUUCACUUCUCCCACAUCGAUGCCCGGCUGACCCCGGUGGAUGAGGGCCUCUGCUUCUUCAGCUCCAUGGACAAGCCAACCCCCGAUAUGAUACAGCUCUUCAAGGAGAAUGAGUGGAGCAUCCUGGAUGGAGGAACUCGUGAGGACUGCCGAUGCACGGCAGACCAAUGUGCCCCUGGCAUUCAUCUCAAUGUCUUGACAAUUGCGCCCAAGGUCUGCAUUGUGGAGAAGAAUGAGAAAAGCCUCAUCAAGCUCUUCAGUGAGGAAGGCGUGGAUGUCAUCCCGAUUGAGUUCUCAGCUUGCUACCCCUUCGGCGGAGCAUUGAACUGCUACACUCUGGAUAUCCACAGGCAAGGCCCUGCGCAGAAGUCCUACUUCCCCACUUUGGAUGUGAAGGCCGAGAGAGAGGAGGCCAAGCAGAUGCUGUCUGAGAAGCCUUGA